CCACACGCUGGUUGUACCAGAUUUGGCGAAGAUUGCAUGGGAAAGACUGAAGAGCAAUCAACUGAAGGGCUGCAGAGGACAAGCUGCUAACAGUACUCACUAGCUACACUGCCAAGGUUGGAGCACCGUGUCUGUAGCCGAGCCUCCACCUGACCAGAUAUCUUUAGGGCACACUUGUAUCCCUACAGCAAGCAAGGUUUCCUGGUUUUGUGCAAGGGGCACCAGCAAGGGACAGGGGGAGGAUCUCUCCCCUCUUUAUCCAUAUAAAGCAAACCCGCCAAGCCCCAGAGCCGCAGGGAGAGGAGGGUGGGAUUUUAUUGCCCCCAUUUCAUCACCAGUCCCAGAGUGCUGCUCGCCGCCCUCUUCCUCCAUCAUGAAGAUGAGGAAUCUCCUGCUUGCCCUGCUGCUGGCUUACGGGCUGCCUCCGGCGCGUGGCAGCUUGCUGGAGCUGGAGCGCAUGAUCAGAGUGACCACAGGGAAGAGUGCCCUGCUCUCCUAUAGCUGGUAUGGGUGCUUCUGCGGCAUCGGGGGCAGAGGGACCCCAGUGGACCCCACUGACACCUGCUGCCAUGCCCACGACUGCUGCUACAGGCAGCUGCGAGAGAGCAGCUGCAGCCCCCUGAUAACCCCGUACCAAUUCGAUGUCACCGAUGGGGACAUCAGCUGCGGUGAUGAGCAAAGCUGGUGCAAGAGAGAGACCUGCCUGUGUGACAGGGCCAUGGCUUCGUGCUUUGCCAGUGCUCUGCCUUCCUACAACGUGUCCUACCGCUUCUACUUCAAGCUGAGGUGCAGAGGGAGCUCGUCGCCGGCUGCUGGGAGCCUCUGGCAGCUGCAGCAGGUGGUCACAAAGCUGACGGGGAAAAACGCCGUGCUGCAUUACUCCUUCUAUGGCUGCUACUGCGGUGUAGGGGGCCGCGGGCAGCCCAAGGAUGCCACAGACAGAUGCUGCCAGCUGCACGAUGCCUGCUACGACGGCCUCCAGAAGUACCACUGCAACGCCAAGCAGCAGCACUAUCAGUACAGCUGGCGCAGCGGCCGCCUCACCUGCAGUGCAAGCGAGAGGAAGAUGAAGGUCCUGCUGAUGCCGGCGCUGCUGCUCGCCUGCGGCAUGCUCGCAGCUCGUGGGAAGCACCCGCACACGUUUGCUCCGGGGCUGGAAGGGAGCACCGUGGGAAACCUGACUGCCCAUGGCUGUGGCUCGGGCUGGGGCCGUGGUCGCGCUGCCUUCAUGGACAGGUGCUGCCUGCUCCGUGCCUGCUGCUACGCCAAGCUGGCCGCACGCCGCUGCCGCGUGGGACAGACCCAACGCCUCGCCGUGCCCCAGCCGGGGGUCCCUGCCUGCAGGGGUUCUCUUUCCAACGCCACUAACAGCGUGUCUCCAGUUGCAGGGCUGGCCCCCGCGGGCUGCAACGUGGCUCAGUUUGCUUCCAUGAUUAAAGAAAAGACUGGGAAGUCUGCACUGUCCUACAACGGCUACGGCUGCCACUGCGGACUUGGGGGAUCCAAGAGGCCGGUGGAUGCAACAGACUGGUGCUGCCAUGCCCACGACUGCUGCUACAAGAAGUUGUCAUCCUUGACCUGCGUUCCCCACCUUGUCCUUUACACAGUCUCCAUCAAGGGAGGCCAGAUCACAUGCGGAUCUGGGAAUUCAUGCCAAAAAGGUACCUGUGAGUGUGACAAGGCGGCAGCAGAGUGUUUCAAGAGGAACCUCAAAACCUUCAACAAAAGCUACCAGAAUUAUUUAAACUUCAAGUGCAAGGGCUCACUUCCCUCUUGCUAGAGAUGCCAGACUCAAAACCUGAUGGAAGUGCUCUAAAUUGAGAUUCUCUUCCUGCAGUGAGAUGGAGCAAGGCACAACUCCAGACCUGCUCCACCAAAAAGGCACUUGGAACCUCUCCGCCAACCCUGCCAGACCCUGAAUUGGUGCACAAGGAAAGCUUGCUCCUCAGAAUUAAAUAAAUCAAAAAAUCUUUGCAAAUAAAAAUAAUUU